AUGGCUGUGUCCUCAGUUUGGCUGGGUGUCAUCUUUGUGGGAAUUAUUCUACUGUUCAUGAGACCCUACACGGGCAAAAGAAUAGACAAUAGCCUUGAAAUACCACCCGGUAAGAAUCCAAAUGAAGGAGAAAAAUAUAAACAGAUUUCUUCAGCUUAUGAGGUUGUCUCUGAUGCCAAGAAAAGAGAAUUAUAUGACAAAGGAGGAGAACAGGCAAUUAAGGAGGGUGGAGCAGGUGGUGGUUUUGGCUCCCCCAUGGACAUCUUUGAUAUGUUUUUUGGAGAAGGAGGAAGGACACAGAGAGAAAGGCGAGGUCAGAUUGUUAAGCCUGGAGAUAUCACGUGUGUGCUAAGUGAAGGCAUGCCAACUUAUCGACAACCAUAUGAAAAAGGGUGCCUGAUCAUUGAGGUUAAGGUAAACUUUCCUGAAAAUGGCUUCCUCUCUUCUGACAAACCCUCUUUGCUGGAAAAACUCCUUCCUGAGAGGAAGGAAGUAGAAGAGACUAAUGAAAUGGAUCAGGUAGAACUGGUAGACCUUGAUCCAAAUCAGGAAAGACGGUGCCAUUAUAAUGGAGAAGCUUACAAGGAUGAUGAACAUCACUGUAGAGGUGGUGUUCAGUGUCAAAUCUUGUAAUGGGACCAGUGAAUAGCACCCACUACUGGCAUUUUAAAUGCAGUAGUGAAUGAGUGAAGGACUAAUCAUAAUAAGCUCACUACUUGCUAUUGUUUUUU